AACCGAUCUCCAAUCCCAGCCUCUCUCCGUGCCGCGGGUUCCCCGAGAAAUUGCCCGGAAAUGCCCCACCUCGUCGACUGCUCUUGAGCUCUUCCCCGAGAAUCCCCACUGCAUCCUCUGCUCGUCCCCGCGGCUCCUGCAAUCACUGUUGAUCUCGGCGGUGAGGACAUGCUCGCUCCUCCUCAUUCUGCUGAAGUUCUUAGAUAUUUUUGGUCCACUCCUGUUGUCAAGUUUGGGCUUCUACAACAGCUAACUGGUUAAUAGUGGCAUGUCUGCAAAGGUGCCAAGGCGCCAAGAAAUUACUUCUAGUGGCAUGGCAGAUUGGGCUACUCUUCAAACUGAUAUUGUUGGUAUAAUAAUAAAGAAGCUUGCAAUCCCUGAUUACAUCAGAUUUCGUGCUGUGUGCACAUCUUGGAACCAUGUCUGCAAGGAUGUUUCAUACAGUCCAAGGGUGGACCCAUGGCUGAUGCUGCCCCAAAAUCCGAAUCCGCUUGGUGCUCAGUUUUUCUGCAUUCCUGAAAAAAAGAAUCAAAACAUCCGCCUCCCUAGUACUGCUUCAUUUUUUGGAUCUGUCUGGGCUCCAGUUGGUUCUUUGAAUGGAUGGCUUAUCUACUUCAGUCAAACUUAUGGAACCAUGCAACUGGUUAACCCCAUCAGUGGCAGCCAGAUCCAACUCCCCCCAAUCGGACGCAGGACCUUCGCUAAGGCCAAGCUGCUUGAAAUGAACGAGAGGAAUUUUAUCGUUGCUGUCCUCUACGGUGACGAGAAAGGUUAUAAAAUAACACGAAAAGGAUCUAAUAACUGGUCAUCGGUCGAAUCAAAACACAUUUUGGAUGAUAUCAUCAAGCAUAGAGGCCGGCUGUACACGUGUGAUAUGUAUGGUACAGUUGAGUUGUGGGCAGAGCCGCCCCGUGCAUGGCCAGAUGAGGAAGUCACGCAUCAGUGGAGGUUUCGCUGUCUGGUGGAGACCCCAGCUGGUGAUCUGGUAAGGGUUAAGCGCCAGAGUCAGAACAAGUUUGCUGUCUGUACCUUGGACAAGGGGACCUUUUCCUGGGUUGAGACCGAUAACAUUGGGGAUCUUGCACUGUUUGUGAGCCACUACAACUCGUUCUGUUUCCCGGCCAAGGACCACCCUAACCUGAAAGCAAACUGCAUCUACUUCAUCGACAUCCACAACAGCCUGUGCGCGUUCAACCUUGAGCAUAGUACAAAGGAGCUUGUCGAAACCCUUGAAAUUGGCCCAGGCCGCAAUGACCACUACUACCGGCGGCCCCAGCGAGACCAGCUCUUGUGGUUCAUCCCUUCACUUAAGUGUGGUACAGUUGAGUUGUGGGCAGAGCCGCCCCGUGCAUGGCCAGAUGAGGAAGUCACGCAUCAGUGGAGGUUUCGCUGUCUGGUGGAGACCCCAGCUGGUGAUCUGGUAAGGGUUAAGCGCCAGAGUCAGAACAAGUUUGCUGUCUGUACCUUGGACAAGGGGACCUUUUCCUGGGUUGAGACCGAUAACAUUGGGGAUCUUGCACUGUUUGUGAGCCACUACAACUCGUUCUGUUUCCCGGCCAAGGACCACCCUAACCUGAAAGCAAACUGCAUCUACUUCAUCGACAUCCACAACAGCCUGUGCGCGUUCAACCUUGAGCAUAGUACAAAGGAGCUUGUCGAAACCCUUGAAAUUGGCCCAGGCCGCAAUGACCACUACUACCGGCGGCCCCAGCGAGACCAGCUCUUGUGGUUCAUCCCUUCACUUAAGUAAUAUAGCCAAUGGACGUUUUUCCCAAGAUGGAGCUCGUAUGGUAUAGUAGGCUCCUAUGGCUCAGAAUUCCGAAGUAUUGGACAACCUGCUAUGCGUAGUACUAGUUUAUAUGUCUAUGAACUUCUAAGUAUUGGACAUAAUUGUGGUAGUCUGUUGCUAAAUCAACUGUGUUAACAUUUGAACUAUUUUGAAGCUGUGUGUAUCGCGUGUAUGAAUUUGGAACUUCGUUUCAA